CCCGUGCUGAUCUCACUCAACAAUUUAGUCUAUGCAUUGCUUUCCAUAAAUAAAUACACAUGCUCUGUGCCUCUCCUCCCACUUCCCACACAUGGUUACAGUGCGGGGCUUCACUUUCAGCUCCCGGCCCAAUAUGAAGCUCUCCUUUUUUUUUCUGCUCCAGUUUACAGUGUUCGUGCUCUCCUGCUUCGCUUUCUCUCUUGCGAAUGCUGGCAAUGUGACCUACGACCAUCGCUCUCUCAUCAUCAAUGGCCAGCACAAGCUCCUCAUCUCCGCCGCCAUUCACUACCCUCGCAGCGUUCCCGCGAUGUGGCCCGGGUUGGUUCAAACAGCGAAGGAGGGAGGGGUCGAUGUGAUCGAAACGUAUGUAUUUUGGAAUGGUCAUGAACUAUCCCCGGGCAAUUACUAUUUUGGGGGGAGAUACGAUCUGGUCAAGUUUGUGAAGAUUGUUCGAGAGGCAGGGUUGUAUUUAAUUCUUCGAAUUGGUCCAUUUGUGGCCGCAGAAUGGAACUUUGGUGGUGUUCCUGUUUGGUUGCAUUACGUGCCUGGCACUGUAUUCCGAACUGACAAUGAGCCCUUUAAGCAUUACAUGGAGAAGUUUACAACAUUCAUAGUGAACCUAAUGAAACAAGAGAAGCUUUUUGCGUCACAAGGAGGUCCCAUCAUUUUGGCCCAGGUAGAAAAUGAAUAUGGAUACUAUGAGAGCGCUUAUGGAGAGGGGGGGAAGCGAUAUGCGAUGUGGGCUGCUAGCAUGGCUGUUUCUCAAAAUAUAGGUGUCCCUUGGAUAAUGUGCCAGCAAUUUGAUGCUCCUGAUACUGUGAUUGAUACUUGUAACUCCUUCUACUGUGACCAAUUCAAACCUCUUUCUCCCAACAAGCCCAAAAUCUGGACUGAAAAUUGGCCUGGCUGGUUUAAAACAUUUGGGUCCAGAGAUCCUCAUAGGCCACCUGAAGAUGUUGCUUUUUCUGUAGCCCGCUUUUUCCAGAAAGGUGGUAGCGUCCAAAACUACUACAUGUAUCAUGGCGGGACAAAUUUUGGUCGCACUUCAGGUGGACCAUUCAUCACCACAAGUUAUGACUAUGAUGCACCAAUUGAUGAAUAUGGAUUACCGAGGUUUCCAAAAUGGGGGCACCUUAAAGAACUUCAUGGGGCUAUAAAGCUAUGUGAACAUGCAUUGCUCAAUGGUGAGCCAACUCAUAUGUCCCUAGGUCCUUCUCAAGAGGCCGAUGUCUACACUGACUCUUCAGGAGCAUGCGCUGCCUUUAUCUCUAACAUAGAUGAAAAAAAUGACAAGACAGUUGAAUUUCAGAAUGCAUCAUAUCACCUGCCCGCAUGGUCUGUUAGCAUUCUGCCUGACUGCAAGAAUGUAGUGUUUAACACCGCAAAGGUUAGAGCUCAGACCACUGUAGUGGAAAUGGUAGCAGAGGAUUUGCAACCAUCAGUGGCAUCACCAGAUAAAGGCGUGAAAGCUCUUAAGUGGGAAAUAUUUGUGGAGAAAGUUGGGGUUUGGGGAGAAGCUGAUUUCAUUAAAAAUGGCUUUGUAGAUCACAUCAAUACCACAAAAGACGAUACUGAUUACCUCUGGUAUACAACAAGCAUAUUUGUUAGUGAAAAUGAAGCCUUCUUAAAGAAGGGAAGCCAGCCAGUUCUUUUUAUUGAAUCAAAGGGUCAUGCCCUACAUGCUUUUGUGAAUCAGAAACUUGAAGCUAGCGCAUCUGGAAAUGGCACAAAUCCACCUUUCAAAUUUAAGAAACCUGUUUCUCUUAAGGCUGGGAAAAAUGAAAUUGCUCUGUUAAGCAUGACUGUUGGUCUACAAAAUGCAGGAUCAUUUUAUGAAUGGGUAGGAGCAGGACUAACAAGUGUCAAGAUUGAGGGGUUCAAUAAUGGGACAGUUGACUUGUCAUCAAAUGCUUGGACCUACAAGAUUGGAUUGCAAGGAGAACACUUGGGAUUAUACAAGUCUGAUGGUAUGGAUAAUAUAAAUUGGUUAUCAACCCCAGAACCACCAAAAGAACAGCCUUUGACAUGGUACAAGGCUAUUGUGGAUGCUCCACCGGGGGAUGAACCUAUUGGGCUGGAUAUGAUACAUAUGGGGAAAGGUCUAGCUUGGUUGAAUGGAGAAGAAAUUGGAAGAUACUGGCCUUGGAAAAGCUCUGUACAUGAUAAGUGUGUUAAAGAAUGUGAUUACAGGGGUAAAUUUAUGCCGGACAAGUGCUUCACUGGAUGUGGAGAACCAACACAAAGAUGGUACCACAUUCCACGCUCUUGGUUCAAGCCAUCUGGAAACAUUCUGGCAAUCUUUGAGGAGAAAGGUGGAGAUCCAACAAAAAUCAGUUUCUCGAGACGGAAAACCUCAGGUGUAUGUGCUGUUGUUGCUGAGGAUUACCCUUCCUUUGAACUCGAACCCGAGCAUGAAAAUGGAGAUGUAAGCACCAAAAACAACGCGGCCAUCUUUUUGAAUUGUCCCAAGAAUACUCGAAUAUCCACUGUAAAAUUUGCCAGCUUUGGAACUCCUACUGGAACUUGUGGGUCUUACAGUAAAGGAGAGUGCCAUGAUCCUAAAUCCAUUUCUGUCGUCGAAAAGAUGUGCCUGAACAAAAGCGAAUGUGCCAUAGAACUAAUAGAGGAGAAUUUCAGUAAAGGUUUGUGUCCUGAUGCAACUAAGAAACUCGCUGUGGAAGCAGUGUGCAGCUGAAACUAACAAUUCAUUCUAGUGGAGAGAUUCAAAUACGUGAUAUUGUUUUUGCCUACAUUACCUGUGAGGCUUUUAUAUCUAUUUUUGUAAUUUUUUCCCUUUCACCGUUGUUUGAAAACUGUAGUAGAAAAGACACUGCCCUUCCAUUAUUUUUGUUCAUUUGUCAAGACAGGUUUUUAAGCCAAGUUUCUAGCAAUAUAAAAGUAUUUAAUAAUA